GCGAAGAGCAUAAGUGGAAAGGGAAUAUACCUAUAAAAAGCAGUGCUGGAUCGCCGCUGGCCACACACCGAUCGACCGCCAACUGACCGCCGGCACGCCAUGGAUCCCCGUACGCUCAUCUGCCUGGUCGUUGUCUGCUGCAUUUCUGGCAUAUGUGCGGCCUCGUACCCCUACCAGGCCUACUGCCAGGCAUGCGUGCCUCGUAACUGUGGCAGGCCCCGCGACCCCUGGGAUGUGCUGCCCGGACGCACCUACGGCGGUACAAACUCCACGAGGGGGCGCUACCCAUGGCACGCCAUCAUCUACGCCGACGGUGCCCCAAUAGGCGGCGGUGCCCUCAUCUCCUGUAACUUUGUCCUCACCACGGCCUACCUUGUGCAAGACUACCGUCCAACUAGGCUUCAGGUGAAGCUCGGCAAGACCAACCUGGACAAGGAAUCUCCCACGGAACGCACUUACUUCGUGUACCAGCGUGUGCUGCACCCCGCCUGGGAACCCGAGCGUGACCUCUACAGCUACGACCUGGCCCUGCUGCAACUCGAGCGCGAGGUCGACUUCGCCUCGGCCAAUGGCUUCAUCAACACUGUCUGCCUGCCACAACCGCGCGUCGACGCUCAAGGCUGGCUUACGCUCACCGGCUUCGGAUACGACCAGCAAGGCCGACGCAACAACUUGAUGCAAGAAGCGAACAUUCUGAAGCUCAGAGGUGACCAGUGUCCCCUGUUCAGGAACAAGCCGUACGCCUUCUGCGGACUGGGAAAGAAAGCCGGAGCCUGCACGGGUGACCGUGGCUCCCCCGUGGUGCAGAUGUCUCCGACCGGCCAAUUCAUGCUCGUGGGUCUCGCCAACGACUAUCAGUGCCAGGAGGGAGGCACCGACGUCUACACGCAGAUCUCCUACUUCAACAAGUUCGUGUGCAACAUCCCCGUCGAGGCCUAAAACACGCCAGGCCCAGCGCCUCGCAUAGCCAUCCGCAUCGUCACAAUGCUUGUACAAAUCCCAUCUGCACGCGCAGUCAUCUCGCCUCAUCUCAAGCCAUCUGUAGACGAAACAAGGGAUCGCAAAUCGCUGUAACUUGACAGGCCCCUCAAUAAACAAAAGAUGGGCGCAUA